CGUCAUCAAGGUAGCCAUAUUUGAUUUCUUUUUCGAAACCUAUCGAAAAUUAGUAACAUUUUCGUGUUUUACUGGUUGUAUGUAAUAGCGAUUUUAGUAUAAAGUGCUCUCAAUCGUGUACAGAGUCAAUAUGAAUCGAUGAAUGCGAUACAUGACUGAUGAUUGGACCGUAGUUUUGAGUUUACGGCAGUAAAAUGUCAACAAAUCCGAGGAGGCAGGUGAGAACGUCACUGUCUGGGCCUAACCCAGGCAGCUUUCCCAGCAGGGGUACCUCACCUGGACGCUCAAGUGGACGCUCUAGAAGUAAGUCCCCAGGGAGGGGGUCCACAUCUAGCAGAGGAACGUCACCAGGGAGUCAACGACGAAGGGGAAGUAGUGAUAGUAGCCACAGCUCAAGACGAGAUUCAUCUCAAAGAAAACAAAAUGGUGCCCAAUCAAGAACUGCUGAAAAUGGCGGUGUUCAAUCACGAAGGGAGCGGCCACCACAGAGAAGACGAAGUCUCCCUAAAAAGGAGAAGGAAGUUGUACAAAAGCCUCCCGUAGCACCAAUUCCCGUUAACCCUGACCUAGGUAUAGUUGAAAUGUCUGCACCUCCUCAACGUAAUUGGAAAGAUAUUGUUCAUGAAUCUUCUGCCUCUGAUGCAGAUGUCAGCUCACUGGAUUCUGUAAAUCUUGGACAAGUGAAUCCAUCUUUUGACCCUGGCGGUGAGCAACCCAUCAGUCGCAUAAACUAUAAAUCAAUGGGGGUUCAUUUCAAUGAUGAUAAGAACACUGAGCAUCCAAUAUAUUAUCAGUCUGGACCAGCAGAAGAGAAGGGAAAGCCUAAAAGUGCUCUGCGUAAAGAAAAAGUGGUUGUUAAGAAGCCAGACGGAUCAAAGAUAAUAGUAGUUCCAAAUAGACACCGAAGACAAGAGGUUGUACGUCCUUUAAAAGAACGUGAUCUGACGCUGUUAACUGUAUUUUCAAUUGUAUCUAUAUUUUUAUUCUUCCCAACUGGGAUACCUGCUUGUGUGUAUGCAAACAAAACAAGGGAUGAAUUUCAAGCUGGUGUACAACAAGGCGACCUCACAAAAGCUAGCAAAUGCGCUAAGAAAGCUGAACGAUUAAUUAUAUGCUCACUUGUUGCUGGACUUCUCACUGGUGUUUUAAUAUUUGCAGUCGUCGAGGCAACCAGAAGUAGUUAAGUGGAACUAUUUCAUAUUGAAGAAAACAAAAAAUAUAAUAAUUUUUGUGUGUAUGAAUGUGAAUGGUCUGCUCCAGAUCUGAACACUUGAGAUUAUAUAAGUUAUUGUGAGCCGUGAACCUGUAUGUAUGAUCAAAUAUGAUGUGCAUCCUCCAAACACAGGCCUCCAGAAUGUAUACCUCCU